GGUACGUUCCUUCAUGGCACAUCAGAGUGGAGGGAUUGGAUGCUCUUAGCAUCCCGACAUUCGGACGGGGCUAGGCGAGGUUCAUAGGCGAUGUUUUCAUUGUAUAGUACAGAAGAAAAGAGAGGAGAGAAAUUCUGCUAGUGCUAGAUAAAUGCACGGCUUAUUGAUUAAAAAGAAAAGAGAUUAGUUCCAUGCCUUCUUGGGUGACGCGUGUGAUUCUUAGUUGAAUGAUUAAUAGGCAAUUCUCUAAUAAACCGGCUUUAAAGCUCCUCCUAAGCAACGCCAUCUCCAAAUACAUUUCUGUUUCUUGGCCACAAAGACGAUAUCAAGAAAAAGUCUACUUCUACUUCUAGCCCCUGCGACGUCCGAGGUAAGAUCUUCCAACUAUCAUGAAGCUCUUUGCUCGACGUCCGAGGUUAUUGAUGCUUCCAGCAUUAGUCCUUGGCUCCAAGGACUUGGGGGUCGCUAAGAACUCGGGAUCAACCUAAAGAGAUGCUGACAAAGGCGACGUUUCGUCGUACCCGUCAACCCAUGCAGCUCUCUCGCUUCUUGUCCAACGCACUUGCCCGCCAAACGGUGGACUCCUCCGUCCUUCCAAAUCCCUCAAAGUCGAAUACUUUGCGUUCCAACGGUCGUUUGAGGGAGGCGUUGCUGGAGAUGGCCAUUCAAGGCCCUGAAAUGGUGUUCGCAGGAUACGUCACGCUCUUGGACGAGUGCGUGGAGAAGAGGGCGUUGAGGGAAGGCCAAAGAGUCCAUGCCCACAUGAUCAAGACAUGCUAUCUCCCGCCAGUUUAUCUCUGGACUCGGCUUAUUGUUUUCUACACCAAGAUUGGACUUCUGGAUGAUGCGCGCCGGGUGCUCGACGAAAUGACGCUCCGGAAUGUGGUCUCUUGGACGGCCAUGAUUUCAGCUUAUUCCCAGAAAGGGUAUGCCUCUGAAGCUCUGGAUCUUUUCCAGCAGAUGUUGAGAUCAGACACAGAGCCAAAUGAGUUUACGUUCGCCACAAUUCUUGCUACUUGCACGGGGGCGUCGGGUUUUCAGUUGGGAAGGCAAGUCCACUCUUUAGUCAUUAAGAAUAAUUAUGAAUCCCAAAUAUUUGUCGGGAGCUCACUCCUUGACAUGUAUGCCAAGGCUGGCAAAAUCCAUGAAGCACGAGAAGUGUUUGAGUGCUUGCCCGAAAGGGAUGUUGUUUCUUGUACUGCUAUAAUCUCAGGUUAUGCUCAGUUAGGUAUUGAUGAAGAGGCCAUAGAAUUAUUCAGUCGGUUGCAGAGAGAGGGGAUGGAUUCGAAUUAUGUUACUUAUGCAAGUGUCUUGACUGCUUUGUCUGGGCUUGCUGCAUUGAAUCAUGGCAGGCAGGUCCACGGCCAUGUACUUAGGCGUGAAGUCCCCUUUUACGUCGUUCUGGAGAAUUCUCUCAUAGACAUGUACUCAAAAUGUGGGAGUGUUACCUAUGCGAGACGAGUUUUCGAUAGCAUGUCCGAGAGAACUGUCAUCUCAUGGAAUGCUAUGCUUGUGGGUUACAGCAAACAUGGGAUGGGGAGACAGGUCGUUGAGCUUUUCGAACUCAUGAGAGAAGAAAAUAAAGUUACACCUGAUAGUGUUACACUCUUGGCUGUUUUAUCUGGCUGCAGCCAUGGGGGAUUGGAAGAAAGAGGGCUACAGCUUUUCCAUGAGAUUAUAAAUGGGGAACAUGGAGUUCAUCCAGAGAUGGAGCAUUACGGGUGUGUAGUUGACAUGCUUGGGCGUGCUGGUCAGCUGCAAGAGGCUUUCGAACAUAUACAGCAGAUGCCUUUUGAGCCGACUCCUGCUAUUUGGGGUUCACUUUUAGGUGCUUGUAGGGUUCACUCUAAUGUUGACAUCGGUGAACUUGUCGGCCGUAAGCUUCUUGAACUUGAGCCUGAAAAUGCUGGAAAUUAUGUGAUUCUUUCUAAUUUAUAUGCUACGGCUGGAAGGUGGGAAGAUGUAAGAAAUGUGAGGCAUUUGAUGAAGGAGAAGGCAGUGAUAAAGGAGCCGGGAAGGAGCUGGGUGGAGCUUGACCAGGUGCUUCACACUUUUCAUGCCAGUGAUCGUUUGCACCCAAGAAGGGGGGAGGUUUUUGAGAAGGUAAAAGAUUUAUCGCUCAAGAUAAAAGCCCUUGGUUAUGUUCCUGACUUGAGUUGUGCUUUUUACGAUGUGGACGAUGAACAGAAGGAGAAGAUACUUCUUGGUCACAGUGAAAAGCUGGCCUUGGCCUUUGGAUUGAUGGCUAGUGCUGAAGGAGUUCCAGUCCGGGUGAUAAAGAACCUUCGGAUUUGUGUUGACUGCCAUAACUUUGCCAAAUUUGUCUCGAAGCUAUAUGCAAGGCAAAUUUCUUUGAGGGACAAAAAUCGCUUCCACCAUAUUGUCAAUGGCGUCUGUACUUGUGGAGACUACUGGUGAUUUUUAUUAUGGUUCGUGAGUAAGGCCUUAGUUGACGCUUUGAAGAUACAAUAGAGUGAGGUUGUAUGAUGUUAUUUCGGCAAGAAGAGACAUUGGGGUCAGGAAAAUUAUCGAGGUGCUCUUGCUUAGAUUAAAAAAUUCUGAUAUCAUGCAAGAUUUGCUGCUCUCUGAGACGACAUAUUUUGACGUCAGCUAAUGCAAUGGAGUGCGAUUCACUUCUCCUUUUUUACAUGCAGCGAGCGAGUUUUGGAAAACCGAUCUUGAAGUGUUUUAUGAGGAAAGAUCUGGUUUUGUGAGUUCAGAGAGGGGGGUUGCUCAUCUGUAUCAAUGACACCCCCCCACAGUUGCCUCAGUCCGAGGCGCAGAGUAGCCUAAAGAUAGUCAGAUAAUUGACUUGAUCUUCUUUUGAAACGAGAACUCAAAUUGGGAUUCAUUCAAUUUUUGUUAACUCGAAAGAUUCUGACCCAAGAUGAGCAAAUGGUAAUUGUUUAGUGAGAUUGAGAUAUGAUUAAGAGGACAGGAAAAAGAGAAUGGCUUGGAUAUGAUGCUGGAUAGGUCUUAUUUCAUGGCACCCUUCAGAUCGAGUUGUCAAAACUCAUGUCCCUCUACAUGAUUUAGGAACUGUGUGGACAGUCGAUGCGGAAGAUUCAUGAUUUGAGUUUGGCGUUGAGAGUGAACUAGAGCUUUAGAGUUUUGAUGAAACUGAAAAAUUCCUGGUCAGCUGAUACAAUUGUAGCUGCAGAUUCGUCUCAGGAAGUAAUAAGUGAAGUCGUCACCACCUGCCUCAUUCGGUUUUACAGUUCUUGACAUGGUUUGAUCCAGUGUUUGCAUCAAGCAUGUGGUUGCAUGAAUGGAGUGAAGACGUCCGAGCUGUACUGACUGUCGUUGUAUCGAAUUCUCGAUAAUGAGGAAGCUUGGACAUCUUUUGUCCAAGUGCCCUGGAAAAGCAAGAUCUCGCAAAGCGACGGGAUCUGCGUAUAGCUCACAAGCCUUAUGUUAGUUUGGUUAGUUUCUUUUCUUGGCCAAUAGAUAGGAUAAUAUACCUACAUCACUUUUCUGUUGCUCUGUAUCUAUGAGUGAUAAGUGCCUGUAUUACUCGUCAAAAGAAAAAAAAAAUCUUUUGUCAAAGUGCAAGCACCAGACUAGCUUCAGGCAAGUGAGACAGUUGCUUGAUCUAGACUGGACCGUACUUUGAAUUUUUCGUUUAAUCUAAAUUUUGCAGCUCAUAUAUUUCACUUUUACACUAAA